AUGGGUGAGUUGAGGUCGUUCGACUGGAACACUUCCAAUUCGUCCGAGAUUGAUCUGGAUCUCAACAGUCCGGCCAUCCUUUCGCUGACAGAUCACGUGGAUUCUGACCAAUACUCGGAUGCCUACCUGCUGAGCCUAUUGAGCAGAAGUGUUCAAGUGCAGAGCGGCGGCAACUCGUCUUCUGUCGAGUGCAACAACAACAGCCGACGUCGUUCUACCCUCCGGUCGGCGAGUAGAUCAUCGAGACCUGCCCGUCCCCGAGCCGCUUCGGGCAAGACGAAAGAUGCGUCUAGAGACAGAAGUCCUCUUGCCUCGCCGAAACGGUGCGACGGCUCAGCGUACUUUCUGCCCAACGGGUCCACGCAGGCAGCAGCCAAGCCCAAGAGGACUCUGGGCUUGAACAGCCUCGGAUCCUUCUGCCUUCAGCUGACCAGCAUCGAUGAUAAUACGCGACGUCCGGAGGCGUUUGAAGCGACCGAGGCGACUUGUCGUGUCUGCGGCUCGAAGGAUAUUGAAUUCGACCUGCCGGAAGGCUGUAGUCUGCCGCGUCGUAAGCAAAGUAUUUCCAAAUAUGCCAGAAGACUGUUUGUGGACUGGUGCAAAGUUUGGUGGGAUCAAUGGCGAAAUUCGGGACUAACCGAGGCAGAGAAUCAAAGCAACCGGUUCCUGCUUGACAUGGCUUUCGAGGCGCCUCCAGCCUGCCAUUGCGGCAGCUCGUACAACAAGUUGACCAGAUUGCUGGGAAUCGGCAGCAGGUCGUAUUCUCCUGCCGAUCGAGUACCGCUUUCGAUGCGUUCUUUUCGGCCUGAUGUGAUGGCGGAACUCAAAAGGAUCAAGCAGGCAACCAUGGUCGCCUUCAGUUCAAGCCAACUGAGCAGCCAAACUACGGAUACAAAUCAAUGCUAG